AUGAACUAUCAGGAAUGCCUCCACAAGUUUGUUAAUGCGCAUUCGGAUAAUUUUCGGCAGAGUUUUUACGCCGUCGUCGAGAGUUCACAGAUAGAAUGUCUUGAAUGUCCCAUAGAAAAAACGAGCACGGAUAAUUUCCUAAUCAAAAUAUACAUUAACAAUAUUAUACACAACAUCCGGACGUUUCUGCUGACUUGCUUAAGCGGAUCAGUGGGGAAUAUUCUCCACAAUACGGAGGUAGACAAGCAAGAAUCUUGCUGCUACAUUGCUCCUGACGACGAAGGGGCUAGCCGCGACGGAGAAAGGGGCUCAACCGAGGACACUGGCCAAUCGGGCCAAUUGGAGGAAGGUAAUCGAAAUGGCGAAAUUAAGGUGAAGCAGUGCUCAAACAAACAAGAGGAUUUUUUACGCAAGUGCAAGAAAGUUCACAACCUUCGGAAGAGUUUGGAAAAUGCCCACGUAAGAACAGGGGAUACUUUCGGCUUUAGGGACGACAUUCUGCGGUACUACAUAUGA